AUGGCUCUGGAGAGAAGGGUUGAAGUUCCUCCGAGAUCCUUUCUUCAGACAGCAGCAGUGUGGGUCAGACUGAGGAACAUCCCAGCAAACUAUCUCACGGCGAAAACGAUAGAUGCGAAUGCUUAUGGCAUUGGUCAUGUGGAGGUGAUUGAAUUUGACCCAGAAAAACCCUUACUCAAUGAUUAUGUGAGGGUUCAAGUGAACAUUGAUCUUAACGUCCCGGUGAGAGAUAAGAAGUCGCUCAACUUACCUGGUGGUCGAGUAGAAUACAUUGAUGUGGAGUAUGAAAGAAUAAGGAAGAAGUGCUAUCAUUGUAUGCGCUUGUCACAUGAGAAACAGAAGUGUCCUUUACUUCAGAGAAUGAAGAACAAAGGAAAAGAGCUGGCUGUGCCUUCUAAUGCUAAGCAAAACCAGUCUACACCAUCGGUACCUCCGGGGUUUGAGCCUCACAGAUCCAUUGUGGCCCCUGAGGUGUUUGAAGAGAUGAGGACUUAUAUGAACUGUGUCGACCCAGAGGAGAGAAGAAUAAGGGAAAUUAAAAUGCAAAAGACUUUAGAUGAGCUGUCGCGGAAUCCAGUUGCACAAAGAUCAUGCUUGAGAUUGGAAAAAGCUCCGGUCCUCUCAAUUGAGAGAACCAGAGAAGUAGGACAUGUGUUUGACUUUCGCACAGCGAUGGAUGUGGGUAUUCCAGACAUUGUGGAGUCAUCGGUUAGGAAAGUGCCGCUACGGCUCGGAACCCAAGACAUGGGAAAUGUAGUCAGCCGAAACAUCCAAGAAGGCGUUGGAGCGGUUGGCUUUGAGGCUGAGCAGAUCAAGGAAAUAAGAGGAAUAGCAGCUCUCUCCUAA